UCUCUUUAAUUCCUAACUUCCUAUUUCCUGUCCGUUCUGACCUUUUCCACCUGGCAUCCUCAUCAACACACAGGCCUCCUGGUGCCCCUAUGCCCAGAGCUUCCUUCUGUUCUCUUCCACCAAGGGAGUCCAGGUAUGCUAAUGAUGAAGAGAAGUCCUAGCAGAGACGACCAUCUCAUCGGGCUAGUUUCAGUUCUUGUCUUCUUUAGUUGUCCUUAGCUAACACACUGACGGGCUCCCCACUUUGGCUCAGUAGCUCUAGUUUCUGAAUCAUCAUGAGAGAUGCGGGAGGUGUCCGAAUCUCAGCUCCUUCUUUCCGUGAUCCUGAUACUACACUGUAGUGUGAUUAGACCAGCAGCUGUUCUCCAGCUGAGUCUCGGGUUCCCCAAUAGCCCAGCUGCACAGACUCAGUCUGUGGCCCCUGACUCUGCUUUCCUGCCAAGCAUGACAGUGCACAGUAUUCUCCCUUCUGUCCUGAGCUUAGUACAAGCACUGAUUCCUGUAUGUUUUGUUCAAACACCAGGGUCCUAGUCAGGAUUAGCUGACUAGAAACUAGUCUCUCUCACUGGGGCUGUUAACUGCUAGGAGUGCCUGGUUUUACCUAUUUUCACAUCUUGUUUUCCUUUUAGGAUGUAUUAGAAAACAUGAGAACUGCCCAAGGUUCUUCCACGUUAAUCACAGAAGUGAUAGUUUGGAAGUAAUUUUGACCACAUGGAAGCAAAGAUCCCCAUGAACCUAUGGACAGACAAAGAAAUCUCUAUAAUUAAAAAUGCAUUCUAUCUUCUUAAGAUGCAUAGAAGAUUCUGAAGGGUGUGAUCUGGAGAGUUUGGUGCCGAAGGCAGAGGGACACUGAUGGAGACCGUGGGCUAGAGGAACCGGUUGGGUCUCCUCCUGCUAACACACCCUAUGCCGAGAGAACAUGCCCAUUCCUGAGAGGCGCAGUGUGGGAAGCGAGCUUUCGGUUUCUCGAAGGUUCCAAGUCGAAAAAAGGCGGGAAAUAAACAGAAGUGAGGCCUGCAAGCGGACCGAGGCAGUCACGUGACGCGCCGCGUUGCCUGCCGGGAGCUGUGUACUGGGGCGCCUGCGCAGAGGAGCAGGAAGCCUUCGCUGUUGUGCUGUUCUGAGGCGGCAGGUCGUGGCCGAAUCUCCGAUCGUGAGUGGGACAAGAGGUUUGUGCCUCCAGAGUAUAAUGGCAAACCACCUUGUAAAACCUGAUUCUAGAAACUGCAAGAGGUCAAGAGAAAUGGAGCCUCAGGUGUCAGAUAGUCCACAGGUACCCUCGCUUGGAAAAUUGGAUUCUUCUUUCUCUGAAUGUUCUGGACUCCUUUAUAAAGAGGAAGCCCUGGAGAAGGAUUUGAGUGAUAUGAGCAAGGAAAUUAAUCUGAUGUUGUCUACAUAUGCAAAGAUUUUGAGUGAGAGAGCAGCUGUAGAUGCGUCUUACAUUGAUGAACUAGAUAGACUCUUCAGAGAAGCCAAUAUUAUUGAAAAUUUUCUGAUCCAAAAAAGAGAGUUCCUGAAGCAGAGGUUUGCAAUGAUUACCAACACACUGCAAAAGUAAAGUGCUUAUACUUACUGAAAGUUGGUCCCUAUUAUUGCUGUAUUCUACUUGUUAAAGAAAAUAUAUGAAGUAAACUGUAACUUUCUACAUUUAGAAGGGAUUUUAAUAUGAACAGUAAUAUAAAUCUUGCAAUCUUUCUUUUGAGGAUUGAAUAUUUGGCACAUUAUAUAAAAAUGUAAAUUAAAAAUUAUAUGUCUUUUUUUCUCCUUUACUCCUAAAUUGCUUAACUCUUCUUAAAUUGUAAAAGAGGACUCUGUUAAUUUGAUUAUGCCUAACAAUAUUUGUUUAAAUAGCAGCUAAUUUUGGAGAUAGUUUUCUUGGUUAGUAUUAUAAAAAACUUAAACAUUAAAGGUCGUUUGUCCAGUUUUUCAUCAUAUAAUAAAAUAUAACUAUGUGCUGCUGCUAUUUAAUAUUA